AUGAAUGAAAGCUGGUUUGAUGAUUGGGAUGCUAAUUAUCUGAACGAUGCUCUCAUAGGUGAGUGUAAUAAGGCUAUCGAAGGUUCACCGAUUGAAGCAAGUGGGAUUGUCUGUGGACCAAUACUGCGAUUAAUUUCUGUUGACUAUAAAAGACUUUUAUAUAUCGGAUCAAUUUUAUUAGUGACGAAGAACCUUGGACCAAGCAGUCCCCCUACAAUACGAUAUCUAAUAGGUCCUUCUAAGAAGAGAACCAGUGAACAUGAUCUGAAAUCUGGCAAUUUUGGCUCGAAAUUGUUUUACACUGAUGAAUUGUUAGCCGAUGAGUUCCAUUUCUUUAGAUAUUCAAUUGAAUUACCGCUUGUCACUUAUGAACAGAUGGUUAAAUAUGAAAUUGACGGUAAAUUCCAACCGCAAUACAGAUUUUUUAUUCCAGCUGAUAAUACAAAUUUCAACUCAAUAGCAUAUUCAUGCAAUGGCUUUUCUCUCUCUGUAAAUACUACAACUUUCAAGGGAUCUCUUUGGUACGAUAUUCUGCGCAAGCAUACUAAAAUACACUAUAAUGUGAUGCUUGGUGGAGGAGACCAGAUUUAUAGCGAUUCCAUAAAAUUGUAUUCCGCCAAGGUUAAAAAAUGGGCAGAAACUAAGGAUCUCGUUAAGAAAUAUUCUAUGAAAGUGACACCUGAUGUUCAACUAGAAAUAUACAAUUUUUACCUUCAAGAAUAUAUUGAAUGGUUUGGAUAUGGUCAUUGGCAUGGAUCAACACCAGAAUCUAUGACCACACAGCGUUGUUUCCCUAUUGCAAUGUGUACCAUACCUUCUAUUAACAUCUGGGAUGACCAUGAUAUCAUUGAUGGAUUUGGUUCAUAUAAUGAUACAUUCAUGAAGACAGAUAUUUUCAGUUCAAUUGGCAAGGCAGCUUAUAAAUAUUACAUGCUGUUUCAACAUCAUUCGAAUAUGGAUGGCUCUGACGACGAGCAUUAUUUACAAAAUUCCAAUUGGAUUCUUGGGCACAAGCCAGGCGUAUAUAUUGGAGAAAAAUCACACUCAUUAUUUACAAGAUUAGGUCCCAAUAUUGGUUUAUUAGGACUGGAUUGUAGAACAGAGAGGAAAAGAAAAGAGAUUGUUUCCCCAGAAACUUAUGACACGGUUUUUUACCGGUUGACUGAAGAAAUAGCAAGGCAGCCGAAGCUAGAUCAUCUUUUAGUAAUGCUAGGCGUCCCUAUUGCAUAUCCUAGAAUGGUUUGGCUUGAGUGGAUGUUUUCUUCGCCAUUGCUUGCGCCGUUGAAAUGGUUGUCGAAAAAGGGCAUCAUCGCUAGAGGCCUUGUCAACGAGUUUAAUGGUGAGGUAGAAUUGUUAGAUGACUUGGAUGACCAUUGGUGUGCAAGACAUCAUAAGAGGGAGCGUAACUAUUUGAUGGCAAGGUUACAGGAUUUUAGUGCGCGUCAUGGUGUUCGUAUCUCCAUCCUUUCAGGUGAUGUACAUUUAGCCUCUGUUGGGAGAUUUACUGCAAAGCUACAUAGACGUCAUCUAUUUGGAAAUAAACGUAUAGAAGAAGAAAAUAAGAAAGUUCUUUCAGAGCCCGAAAAUGACGUUAGGCUCAUGUUUAAUAUUAUAUCUAGUGCUGUAGUCAAUACACCGCCACCUGAUGGUAUGGCACGGUUCCUUCAGGCAAGAGGUACAAAGGUUCAUCAUUUUGAUUAUGAAACAGAAGAAGAUUGUGUGGCAAUUUUUAGAACUGACGUUGAUGGAGUUCUAAAUAGGAAAGCUAGUUGCUUUUCGAAUCGCAGGAAUUGGUCAGAUAUUAUACCUGUUGAAAAUGUGUUUAAUAAUGAGUAUUUACAGUCAAAAUUGAAUCUGAAUAUAAACGAUUAUAUUUUGCCCGGGAUCAUUGAUGAGGUAAAAGGCAAGGCAGUAUUAAAGAAAGAGAGCAAAAGUGAAAUUACUAAGAAAAAUCAAGCAUAUCCUGUAACCAAGAGAGGAAUAUUCGCUACGAUUCAUGUGGAGAAAAACUGCGAAAAUAAAAGCUCCGACACAGUGCCUUAUAUGCUGCCAAUUCCUGAACUGAGAGAAUACAAGAAAAAACUCUCCCAUUAUGGGAUGAAGCACCUCGAAUAA